AUGAAUUUGGAAUCAAGUUUUUUUACGAUAACAGAAAACCCGAUAAGCUUCGAAGAAGCUGUCACAAGUGAAAACGCGUCAAGGCUCGUUGCACGAGGUUUUCAACAAGAAUUAGAUAACGAAUUGUAUGAUGUGUAUGCGCCUGUUGCGAAAUUGGCGACUUUUAGAAUUCUUUUGAUUGUUGGAAAUAAAAUGCAAAAACCGAUUUAUCAAAUGGAUGUUCGAAGCGCUUUUUUGUAUGGUGAUAUCAAGGACGAAGUCUAUAUGUCAUUGCCAGGUCAGGAAGACAGCGAAAAUAAAUGUAUGGUUCCGCGAUCAACCCAAUUCGACAGAUAUUUUAAAGAUGAAAAUAAAGAGUUUAACACUUCACUGGACAUUGAACACAAAUGCGACGGAGACGAAAAAUUGUAUUUACUAAUUUACGUUGAUGACGUAUUAAUUUUGGGAACUAAUCAAAAAGCGGUAAAUAAACUAAAAGCAAUUUUGAAUGAAAAUUUUUCAAUGAAAGAUUUGGGGGUAAUUUCGCAAUAUUUGGGAGUUGAUAUCGAGCAAAAUUUAGAUACCGGGUGUACGAAAGUUAGUCAAGUCGAGUAUUUAAAAGAAGUUAUUCAAAAAUAUGGUAUGCAAGAUUGUAAUGCGGUAGAUACUCCAAUUGAAGCAAAUAUCGAUCUAAAUUCGUUAAAAAGUGAAACUCCGAAUUUUGAAAUGCAAAAAAUUUGUCGAAAAAUAAUUGGAAGUAUUAUGUAUGCAGCUUUGGGUACUAGACCCGAUUUGUGUGAGUCGGUUAGCUUACUUAGUAGAUUUCAAGACAAAGCAAAUGAAAAUUUAUUUAAAGCGUUAAAAAGAUUGUUAAGAUAUGUUAAAGGAACAAUCGAAAUGGUUUUAUUUUUUGAACCAAAUAAGAGUAAAAUUAUUUUACAAGGAUUUGUUGAUUCCGAUUGGGGUGGGGAUACUACGGAUAGAAAAUCCACUUCGGGGUUCGUAUUUAAAAUGUAUGACUGUACAAUUUCGUGGGCCAGUCGAAAACAGAGUACCGUAGCCAUUUCUUCGACGGAAUCCGAAUUCGUUGCAUUGAGCUUAGCAGUUUGCGAAGCCUGUUGGCUUAUAAAAUUGUUGCGUGAUUUAAGUAUUGAAAUAAAUGAGCCAGUUACAUUAUUUGAGGACAUUCAAUCAUCAAUCUAUAUCGCAAAUAAUCCUGAAAGGUUGCCACCUCAUCGCGGCUCUCGGCCCGGAGAAUUUUUCUUGACUAUAAGGUGUAAAUGCUCCCUAAAGCUUCUACCAUACAAUAAAGAAUAUGGAGAAUAG